AUGACUACAUUUUUUUAUUUUAAUCUUACAAAAGAUCUUUCCUCAAUAUUAGAAGAUUCCGAUGAUUAUAAUGUAAUUAUUCAAGUUGGUGAAACCAACAAUACAAAAGAAUUUCGAGCACAUUCGGUUAUUUUACGUGCUCGUUCUUCAUAUUUUAAAGGGGCACUUUCUUCAAAUUGGAUUGAAAAGAAAGAUAAUAUGAUUAUGUUUAAUAAACCAAAUGUUACUCCAAUCGUUUUUGACAUGAUUUUAAGAUAUAUUUACACCAGUGAACUUGAUUUAACUAAGCAAUCGGGUGAAAAUAUUCUUGAAUUGUUGAUUGCAUCUGAUGAAUUACUUCUUGAGGAAUUAUUCGAAUUUGUACAAGAUUAUUUAAUUUUGAAACAAACUAGUUGGAUUUAUCAAAAUUUGUUUUUUGUUCUUAAUGCAGUUUAUAAACUUGUCGGUUGUAAGAAGUUGAAAGAAUGUUGUUUUGAAUUUUUCAGUGCCAAUUCAUUACCAUUUAUUACUUCAAAAACUUUUCUUUCAAUAGAUAAAGAUAUCCUUCAUAAUUUACUUAGUAGAGAUGAUUUACAAGUUAAAGAAAUUGCGAUUUGGGAUUGUUUAAUCCAAUGGGGUAUUGAACAAACGCCUGAUUUGGAAAGCGAUAGAACCAAUUGGAAUAAUGAGAAUUACGAAGCAUUGAAGAAAAAUAUAGCUAACUUUUUCCUUCUCAUUCGGUAUGCAGGAAUUUCUCGUGAGGAUAUAGUUGAUAAAGUCUUUCCUUAUAAAGCUAUUAUUCCUAAAUUCAUUUAUAAAGAAAUUGAAAAAUAUUACCAUAAAGGAACUUUUCCAUCUUUAGCAUUUUCAUCACUUAGAAAAAUUAAAAUUAAAUCAAAUAUUAUUGAAUCAGAACUAGUAAAAGUAAUUAUUAAUUGGAUUGAUAAACAACAUGUUAAAUAUAUUCGUACUGGUAAUGAUCCAUAUUAUAAAUUUAAUCUUAUUUAUCGUGGUAGACGGAAUGGAAUUAAUAAUAAUUCAAUCAAAAAUAAAUGUAAUGGAAGAGUAGCAAGUUUAGUUUUAAUUAAAACUAAACAAUCCAAUAUAAUCUUUGGUGGAUAUAGUUCUAUUGGACUUAAUUCAUUAGGAGAUAAUUAUAUUGUUGAAAAUAAUUUAAGAUAUUAUAGUUCAUCAGAUAAUUUUAUUUUUACUUUUGAAAAUGGUAGUGAUACUCGAAAUAUGAGAAUAGGACGUGUAGUAAAUGAAAGUAAAGCUAUAUUGGUUCGUGGUGAUCAUGGAUUUAAUUUUGGUCAGGGUUCAUUAUGUGUGGUUAAUCAUAAUUUGUAUCUUAAUAAUUUUAAAGAUAAUUAUAAUAAUAUUCUAAGUACAGAAAUAAUUUAUAAUAUUGAAGAAAUUGAAACUUUUAUUGUAGAAAAAUUUUGA